AUGCUGCUCCACGACCGCAGCCCAGACACCUCUCCCUUCAACAGCAAUCCUCAACGCCCUUUCACGAGAUCAGUCCAUUCCGACAUGUCUGUACCUUCACCAAUGACCUCUUCAAGCUUCAGCAAAUCACUCCUCUUUGCCUCCCCGACACCUGUACAAACAUCGACAACCAGACAUGAGCGCCAACAAUCGUACUCCCCCACAGCAACCUUCAGUGCUGUUCCCUCCCACCUCCGCACGCAUUCUCUCCAGCGACAGGCAAGUACGUCCAGCACCUUUGCUCCCAAGUUCAUCAAAUCGGAAGAAAUGAGGAAAAGCGAAGAUAGAAUCUCGGCCAUUGAAGGCGAGAAUGACUUCUCUGGCAAGCGCUAUGUAUGGGUGAAAGAUCCUGAAAAGGCAUUCGUCCGCGGAUGGAUAACAGAAGACCUCCCUGGGAAUAAGGUCCUUGUGCAGUUUGACAACGGUUCAUCAAUAGAGACCGACGUUGACGAGGUGGAUAAGGUCAACCCAGCAAAAUUCGACAAGGCCGAUGAUAUGGCAGAGCUCACUCAUCUGAACGAGGCUUCAGUCAUUCACAACCUCUACACUCGAUACCAGGCUGAUCUAAUCUAUACCUAUUCCGGAUUGUUCUUGGUGACUAUCAAUCCUUACUGUCCUUUGCCUAUUUACGGCAACGACUAUGUUCGGAUGUACAAAGGCCAAGCCCGAGAAGACACCCGCCCCCAUAUUUUUGCUGUCUCAGAUGCCGCUUUCCGUCGCUUGGUCGAAGAGGGAGAAAAUCAAAGCAUACUUGUGACCGGAGAGUCUGGAGCAGGCAAAACCGAGAACACGAAGAAGGUCAUUCAAUACCUCGCUGCGGUUGCUACAUCAGAUCUGGACACACCCAUGACAGGGAGGACGCCCGGGAAACAGCUUUCAAAUCUCUCUCAACAAAUCCUUCGCGCAAAUCCGAUCCUCGAAUCCUUUGGCAAUGCUCAGACAGUCAGGAACAACAAUUCCUCACGGUUCGGCAAAUUCAUUCGCAUUCAAUUCACUCGGUCGGGGCAGAUCGCUGGCGCCUUUAUAGAUUGGUAUCUGCUGGAGAAGUCUCGAGUGGUCAAGAUCAGCCCGCAAGAACGGAGUUAUCAUGUUUUCUACCAGCUGUUGGCAGGAGCUGACCAAAGAAUGAGAGAUGCAUUGCUUAUUUCAGGCAUGGACGUGGAGGACUUCGCCUAUACACGAGCCGGCAAUGACACCAUUGGCGGCGUGUCGGAUCGGGACGAGUGGAACACGUUGAUCGAAGCAUUCCACAUCAUGAAUUUCUCCGAAAAGGACCAAAUGGCCGUUUUCAGAACCAUUGCCGCCAUACUACAUCUUGGCAACGUGGCGGUCCGACAAGAGAGCAGAGCAGGUGACCAAGCUUCGCUCGCCCCAGAAGCUCGAACUUCAGUAGACAAGGCAUGUCGACUACUGGGUGUCCAAUCAGACCCGUUCGUGAAAGCCCUCCUGCAUCCAAAAGUCAAAGCUGGCCGAGAAUGGGUGGAGAAAACCCAGACACCAGAGCAAGUACGUCUCGCCUUGGAUGCUCUGGCAAAAGGCAUUUAUGAGCGUGGCUUCGGAGAUCUCGUAUCGAAAAUCAAUCACCAACUCGACAGAGGAGGGGUCAGCAGCGAUGACAGCCACUUUAUCGGAGUACUUGACCUUGCUGGUUUCGAAAUUUUUGAGACGAAUAGCUUCGAGCAACUCUGCAUCAACUACACCAACGAGAAGCUCCAGCAAUUCUUCAACCACUACAUGUUCGUUCUCGAGCAAGAGGAAUAUGCUCGUGAGCAGAUUGAGUGGCAAUUCAUUGACUUUGGCAAAGAUCUCCAGCCGACAAUCGAUUUGAUUGAGCUUCCCAACCCAAUCGGGAUCUUCUCUUGUCUCGACGAAGAUUCAGUAAUGCCCAAGGCUACGGACAAAUCGUUCACUGAGAAGCUCAAUUCUUUGUGGGAGAACAAGACACCAAAAUAUGCUCCUGCCCGUACUAGGCAGGGAUUUAUCCUUACACACUACGCGGCUGAAGUCGAGUAUUCAACCGAAGGCUGGUUGGAAAAGAACAAGGAUCCUUUGAACGAUAACCUGACCCGGCUUCUUGCAGCUUCAAAGGACGACCACAUUGCCAGUCUCUUUUCCGACUGUGUUGACGAGGUCGACGAGCCGUAUAGCCCUCGAAGUCGAGUCAAGAAAGGCCUAUUCCGCACAGUGGCGCAAAGACACAAAGAACAACUGAGUAUUCUGAUGAGACAGCUGCACUCAACCCAACCUCAUUUCGUCCGUUGCAUUCUGCCGAACCACAAGAAAAAACCCAAACAAUUUGUUGCUCCGCUGGUGUUGGACCAGCUAAGGUGCAAUGGCGUGCUUGAAGGUAUCCGGAUAGCACGUACUGGUUUCCCCAACCGUUUGACUUUUGCAGAAUUCAGAUCAAGAUACGAGGUAUUGUGUGAAAAUAUGCCGAAAGGGUAUAUAGGAGGCCAGGAGGUCGCAAAGAUCAUGCUUGAUCGACUCAAGAUGGAUCAGUCCAACUAUCGCGUAGGUCUCACGAAGGUCUUCUUCCGUGCAGGAGUCCUGGCCGAUCUGGAAGAGCAGCGCGACAGUCUGAUCCGGGACAUCAUGUCCAAUUUCCAAUCUGUUGCUCGAGGCUUCAUGCAACGACGCUUGGCUUUCAAACAGCUGUAUCGCGCAGAAGCCACAAGGGUUAUUCAGCGAAACCUGAACGUAUAUCUUGAUCUCCAAGCGAAUCCGUGGUGGCGGCUCUUUGUUCGUAUGAAACCUCUGCUAGGAGCGACUCGAACUGCAAGUGAAGUCAAAAAGCGAGACGAAAAAAUCGAGCAAUUGCAGGCAAGGGUGAGGCAAGACGCAGCAGAAAGACAGCGGGUGGAAGAAGAACGAAGGCGCGCAGAAAUUGAAGCCCAUCGAAUACAACAGACUCUGGAUUCAGAACGAGCGCUUGCUCUGGACAAAGAGGAGAUCUUCAAGCGAUUACAAUACCGAGAAAACGAGCUGAGCGAGAAGCUGGCCGAAGCAAUUACUGAGCAAGAGACAUUGGAGGACCAGUUAGACGAAGCAUUGGAUUGCAAAAAGAAGACGGAAGAGGAGCUAGCCACCCGUCGGGAACAGGUUCUGCAAGCUGGCCAGAUCAUAACGAGACUGGAAGCGGAGAAGAAAGAGCUUCAACGACAGAUCGAGAAAUUGGAAGACGAGCUGGAGAGCGUGGAGAAGUCGCAUACUCAGAAUGAUGACAGGCUCGAAACCAUCAGUCAGGAACUUCGUUCGUUGCGAAGCAAUCUGAGCGUGAAAGAUCGCAAGAUAUCUGAACUCGAGGCGAAUCUGCAACAGGCUGAGAAGGACAAGGAGAAUCGCGCCUCGAGCCUCGAGCAGGAACUUCGAUCUUUGAGAAGCCAGCUCUCGCAACGCGACCGAGCAACAGAAGGUCUUGAGCAGGAACUUCGUUCACUCAAGAGUCAACUUUCUCAGAGAGACCGAACAACUGAAGACUUGGAGAAGAAACUCCAUCGCGCCGAAUCCCUCCGAACGGAAGAGAACAGAAGGCAAGCAGAGGACUUUGAUGUGCAAGUCCGCUCGCUGCGGAAUGAACUGAACGCCAAAGAGCGCAAACUGCAGGAGCUCGUGACCACAUUGUCCAAGAUGGACAAGGAUGCCGAGGCCAAGCUGUUGCAAACCACUGGCGAAUUGAACAACACCAAGAAGCUGCUCCGAGAAAUUCAGGGCCAGAAUGAAGAGCUUAGGAAUCAAAUCAUGAGUAUGUCCCACGCGUCGGUGAAGCAUGAAGAGUCACUGCGUCGCAAGGAAGGCGAGUUAUCAGCGAUCAUGGCGGAUAUAGAACAGCACCAGCGCGAGAAAGCGGACUUACGGAAAGAGAACGAUAGGCUCAAAGGAGGACACGAGGGUUUGGCGGCGGAAAAGAGAGAGGUGAUGGCGCAGAUGGAACGGAUGCGAGAGCAGAGGACGAGGAUGGAAAGGGAGGCAGUGGAAGUUAAGAAGUGUUUGGAGAGGGUGAUGCCCUUUUUCUCGCAGAAUUUCUCAUGA